CAGUGAAGGGACAAGUUACUCUGUCUACGCCAGUCACUCGGUAAAGCAAAAUGAGGCUCAAACGACUUCUUAUCAGAUACUAUCCUCCAGGAAUCAUUCUUGAAUACGUGAAGGGUGGAGAGCUGAGGAACAAAUCCAUAGAUCUUCUGGACUUAAAUCCAGAGACCGACACAGAGAAGCUUAUCAGGGAGAUUCAGGAGUCAGAGCCUCUGAUAACUGAGUCGCGAACGGACCAGAUGCGUCUGCUCCUACGCACUCUGCAGGAAAAACUGGCCAAGCAAGACGACCGCCGAUUCCACCAGUUCAAGGCGCUUCAGGCACACAUCCUUCCACUGACAAACGUAGCGUUUAAUAAAUCAGGGUCGAGUUUCAUAACAGGCAGCUAUGAUAGGACAUGUAGGAUUUGGGACACAGCAUCAGGAGAGGAGCUCCGCACACUGGAGGGCCACAGGAAUGUGGUGUACGCCAUUACAUUCAACAAUCCCUACGGGGACAAGAUUGCCACGGGCUCCUUUGAUAAGACCUGCAGGUUAUGGAGUGUGGAGACGGGGAAGUGCUUCCACACAUUUCGAGGGCACACAGCAGAGAUAGUAUGCCUGGCAUUUAACCCCCAGAGUUCUCUGGUUGCCACGGGAAGCAUGGAUACCACAGCUAAAUUAUGGGAUGUACAGACAGGAGAGGAGGUGGCCACUCUCACGGGUCACGCUGCUGAGGUCAUCUCUCUGGCCUUUAACACGGUGGGGGAUCAGCUGGUUACUGGCUCAUUCGAUCACACCGUGGCUCUGUGGGAUGUCCCUUCAGGCAGGCGUUUGCACACACUGAUUGGUCACCGUGGGGAGAUCAGUAGUGUGCAGUUUAACUGGGACUGCUCUCGAAUCCUCACUGGAUCCAUGGAUAGGAGCAGCCGGGUUUGGGACUCUGCAUCAGGGCAGUGUCUAGCCACUCUCUCAGGUCAUGAGGAUGAAGUGCUAGACGUGUGUUUCGACUGCACAGGACAGCUCAUCGCCACCGCAUCGGCAGACGGUACUGCCAAAGUAUUCAGUGCAGCAACACAUGAAUGCAUAGCCAAACUGGUGGGCCACGAGGGAGAAAUCUCAAAGGUGUGUUUUAACCCUCAGGGCAGCCGUGUGUUGACAGCGAGUGUGGAUAAGACGGCACGCCUGUGGGACGUUCAGUCAGGUGUGUGUGUCCAGGUGCUGAUGGGACACACUGACGAGAUCUUCUCCUGUGCCUUCAACUACGAAGGAGAUGCCAUUAUCACAGGAAGCAAGGACAACACCUGCAGGAUCUGGCGCUGAACCGGAUGGCACAGGGAAGAGGACAGCAGUCACACACACACACACACGCACACACACACACACACACACACAAUAACACACACACACACAC